UCCCGCGGAGUCCCGGAGCGUCACUGCGCGGGCGGGCUGACCGACCAGCCGGCAGUUGGCACCGGGGGCGCUGGCGCGUCAGUGGCCCCGCUCUCCAGCCGGCAGCCUCGCGCGCCCGGAGCCAGCGAUCCAGGCGGCGGCGCCACGCAGGGGACCCGGAGCCGGCGGGAGGGAAGCAGCUAGGCGGGGAGGCGGCUGAGGCGGCAGCCAGCCGGUGCUCCGACAGCCCGGGGCGCACCCUAGCCUCGCCGCCCUCAGCCUGGGACUUGGGGCUCGGGCGCUUGCCCAGCCCGCGUCCCAGCGCGGCCACAUGGCUCCACUCCGUGCGCUGCUGUCCUGCCUGCUGCCUUUGCACUGUGCGCUCUGCGCCGCCGCGGGCAGCCGGACCCCAGAGCUGCACCUCUCUGGAAAGCUCAGUGACUAUGGUGUGACAGUGCCCUGCAGCACAGACUUUCGGGGACGCUUCCUCUCCCACGUGGUGUCUGGCCCAGCAGCAGCCUCUGCAGGGAGCAUGGUAGUGGACAUGCCACCCACACUACCACGACACUCCAGUCACCUCCGGGUGGCUCGCAGCCCUCUGCACCCAGGAGGGACCCUGUGGCCUGGCAGGGUGGGGCGCCACUCCCUCUACUUCAAUGUCACUGUUUUCGGGAAGGAACUGCACUUGCGCCUGCGGCCCAAUCGGAGGUUGGUAGUGCCAGGAUCCUCAGUGGAGUGGCAGGAGGAUUUUCGGGAGCUGUUCCGGCAGCCCUUACGGCAGGAGUGUGUGUACACUGGAGGUGUCACUGGAAUGCCUGGGGCAGCCGUUGCCAUCAGCAACUGUGACGGAUUGGCGGGCCUCAUCCGCACAGACAGCACCGACUUCUUCAUUGAGCCUCUGGAGCGGGGCCAGCAGGAGAAGGAGGCCAGCGGGAGGACACAUGUGGUGUACCGCCGGGAGGCCGUCCAGCAGGAGUGGGCAGAACCUCACGGGGACCUGCACAAUGAAGCCUUUGGCCUGGGAGACCUUCCCAACCUGCUGGGCCUGGUGGGGGACCAGCUGGGCGACACAGAGCGGAAGCGGCGGCAUGCCAAGCCAGGCAGAUACAGCAUCGAGGUGCUGCUGGUGGUGGACGACUCGGUGGUUCGCUUCCAUGGCAAGGAGCAUGUGCAGAACUACGUCCUCACCCUCAUGAAUAUCGUAGAUGAGAUUUACCACGAUGAGUCCCUGGGGGUUCAUAUAAAUAUUGCCCUCGUCCGCUUGAUCAUGGUUGGCUACCGACAGUCCCUGAGCCUGAUCGAGCGCGGGAACCCCUCACGCAGCCUGGAGCAGGUGUGUCGCUGGGCACACUCCCAGCAGCGCCAGGACCCCAGCCACGCUGAGCACCAUGACCACGUUGUGUUCCUCACCCGGCAGGACUUUGGGCCCUCAGGGUAUGCACCCGUCACUGGCAUGUGUCACCCCCUGAGGAGCUGUGCCCUCAACCAUGAGGAUGGCUUCUCCUCAGCCUUCGUGAUAGCUCAUGAGACCGGCCACGUGCUCGGCAUGGAGCAUGACGGUCAGGGGAAUGGCUGUGCAGAUGAGACCAGUCUGGGCAGCGUCAUGGCGCCCCUGGUGCAGGCUGCCUUCCACCGCUUCCAUUGGUCCCGCUGCAGCAAGCUGGAGCUCAGCCGCUACCUCCCCUCCUACGACUGCCUCCUCGAUGACCCCUUUGAUCCUGCCUGGCCCCAGCCCCCAGAGCUGCCUGGGAUCAACUACUCAAUGGAUGAGCAGUGCCGCUUUGACUUUGGCAGUGGAUACCAGACCUGCUUGGCAUUCAGGACCUUUGAGCCCUGCAAGCAGCUGUGGUGCAGCCACCCUGACAACCCAUACUUCUGCAAGACCAAGAAGGGGCCCCCGCUGGAUGGGACUGAGUGUGCACCCGGCAAGUGGUGCUUCAAAGGUCACUGCAUCUGGAAGUCGCCGGAGCAGACAUAUGGCCAGGAUGGAGGCUGGAGCUCCUGGACCAAGUUUGGGUCAUGUUCGCGGUCGUGUGGGGGCGGGGUGCGAUCCCGCAGCCGGAGCUGCAACAACCCCUCCCCAGCCUAUGGAGGCCGCCCGUGCUUAGGGCCCAUGUUCGAGUACCAGGUCUGCAACAGCGAGGAGUGCCCUGGGACCUACGAGGACUUCCGGGCCCAGCAGUGUGCCAAGCGCAACUCCUACUAUGUGCACCAGAAUGCCAAGCACAGCUGGGUGCCCUACGAGCCUGACGAUGACGCCCAGAAGUGUGAGCUGAUCUGCCAGUCGGCGGACACGGGGGACGUGGUGUUCAUGAACCAGGUGGUUCACGAUGGGACACGCUGCAGCUACCGGGACCCAUACAGCGUCUGUGCGCGUGGCGAGUGUGUGCCUGUCGGCUGUGACAAGGAGGUGGGGUCCAUGAAGGCGGAUGACAAGUGUGGAGUCUGCGGGGGUGACAACUCCCACUGCAGGACUGUGAAGGGGACGCUGGGCAAGGCCUCCAAGCAGGCAGGAGCUCUCAAGCUGGUGCAGAUCCCAGCAGGUGCCAGGCACAUCCAGAUUGAGGCACUGGAGAAGUCCCCCCACCGCAUUGUGGUGAAGAACCAGGUCACCGGCAGCUUCAUCCUCAACCCCAAGGGCAAGGAAGCCACAAGCCGGACCUUCACCGCCAUGGGCCUGGAGUGGGAGGAUGCGGUGGAGGAUGCCAAGGAAAGCCUCAAGACCAGCGGGCCCCUGCCUGAAGCCAUUGCCAUCCUGGCUCUCCCCCCAACUGAGGGUGGCCCCCGCAGCAGCCUGGCCUACAAGUACGUCAUCCAUGAGGACCUGCUGCCCCUCAUCGGGAGCAACAAUGUGCUCCUGGAGGAGAUGGACACCUAUGAGUGGGCGCUCAAGAGCUGGGCCCCCUGCAGCAAGGCCUGUGGAGGAGGGAUCCAGUUCACCAAAUACGGCUGCCGGCGCAGACGAGACCACCACAUGGUGCAGCGGCACCUGUGUGACCACAAGAAGAGGCCCAAGCCCAUCCGCCGGCGCUGCAACCAGCACCCGUGCUCUCAGCCUGUGUGGGUGACGGAGGAGUGGGGUGCCUGCAGCCGGAGCUGUGGGAAGCUGGGGGUGCAGACACGGGGGAUACAGUGCCUGCUGCCCCUCUCCAAUGGAACCCACAAGGCCAUGCCGGCCAAAGCCUGCGCCAGGGACCGGCCUGAGGCCCGACGGCCGUGUCUCCGAGUGCCCUGCCCAGCCCAGUGGAGGCUGGGAGCCUGGUCCCAGUGCUCUGCCACCUGUGGAGAGGGCAUCCAGCAGCGGCAGGUGGUGUGCAGAACCAACGCCAACAGCCUCGGGCAUUGCGAGGGGGAUAGGCCAGACACUGUCCAGGUCUGCAGCCUGCCCGCCUGUGGAGGAAAUCGCCAGAACUCCACGGUGAGGGCCGAUGUCUGGGAACUUGGGACGCCAGAGGGGCAGUGGGUGCCACAAUCUGGACCCCUACAUCCCAUUAACAAGAUAUCAUCAACGGAGCCCUGCAUGGGAGACAGGUCUGUCUUUUGCCAGAUGGAAGUGCUCGAUCGCUACUGCUCCAUUCCUGGCUACCACCGGCUCUGCUGUGUGUCCUGCAUCAAGAAGGCCUCGGGCCCCAACCCUGGCCCAGACCCUGGCCCAACCUCACUGCCCCCCUUCUCCACUACUGGAAGCCCCUUACCAGGACCCCAGGACCCUGCAGAUGCUGCGGAGCCUCCUGGAAAGCCAACGGGAUCAGAGGACCAUCAGCAUGGCCGAGCCACACAGCUCCCAGGAGCUCUGGAUACAAGCUCCCCAGGGACCCAGCAUCCCUUUGCCCCUGAGACACGGAUCCCUGGAGCAUCCUGGAGCAUCUCCCCUACCACCCCCGGGGGGCUGCCUUGGGGCUGGACUCAGACACCUAUGCCAGUCCCUGAGGACAAAGGGCAACCUGGAGAAGACCUGAGGCAUCCUGGCACCAGCCUCCCUGCUGCCUCCCCGGUGACAUGAGCUGUGCCCUGCCAUCCCACCGGCACGUUUACACUCUGUGUACUGCCCCGUGACUCCCAGCUCAGAGGACACACAUAGCAGGGCAGGUGCAAGCACAGACUUCAUUUUAAAUCAUUCGCCUUCUUCUCGUUUGGGGCUGUGAUGCUCUUUACCCCACAAAGCGGGGUGGGAGGAAGACAAAGAUCAGGGAAAGCCCUAAUCGGAGAUACCUCAGCAAGCUGCCCCCGGUGGGACUGACCCUCUCAGGGCCCCUAUUGGUCUCCCCUGCCAAGACCAGGGUCAACUAUUGCUCCCUCCUCACAGACCCUGGGCCCGGGCAGGUCUGAAUCCCGGCUGGUCUGUAGCUGGAAGCUGUCAGGGCUGCCUGCCUUCCCGGAACUGUGAGGACCCCUGUGGAGGCCCUGCAUAUUUGGCCCCUCUCCCCAGAAAGGCAAAGCAGAGCCAGGGUAGGUGGGGGACUGUUCACAGCCAGGCCGAGAGGAGGGGGGCCUGGGAAUGUGGCAUGAGGCUUCCCAGCUGCAGGGCUGGAGCAGGUGGGACACAAGGUGAUCGCAGGCCCAGCUCCUGGAAGCCAAGAGCUCCAUGCAGUUCCACCAGCUGAGGCCAGGCAGCAGAGGCCAGUUUGUCUUUGCUGGCCAGAAGAUGGUGCUCAUGGCCAUACUCUGGCCUUGCAGAUGUCACUAGUGUUACUUCUAGUGACUCCAGAUUACAGACUGGCCCCCCAAUCUCACCCCAGCCCACCAGAGAAGGGGGCUCAGGACACCCUGGACCCCAAGUCCUCAGCAUCCAGGGAUUUCCAAACUGGUGCUCACCCCCUGGCUCCACCAGGAUGGCAACUUCAAUUAUCACUCUCAGCCUGGAAGGGGAGUCUGUGGGACACAGAGGGAACACGAUUUCUCAGGCUGUCCCUUCAAUCAUUGCCCUUCUCCAAAGAUCGCUCCUGCUGGAGUCGGACAUCUUCAUCUUCUACCUGGCUCAAGCUGGGCCAGAGUGUGUGGUUCUCCUAGGCGUGGUCGGACCCCAGGACUGAGGACCAGAGUCCACUCAUAGCCUGGCCCUGGAGAUGACAAGGGCCACCCAGGCCAAGUGCCCCAGGGCAGGGUGCCAGCCCCUGGCCUGGUGCUGGAGUGGGGAAGACACACUCACCCACGGUGCUGUAAGGGCCUGAGCUGGGUUCAGCUGCCGGCCAUGCUACCUCCAAGGGACAGGUAACAGCCUUAGAUCCUCUGGCUCUCAGGAAGUGGCAGGGGGUCCCAGGACACCUCCGGGGUCUUGGAGGAUGUCUCCUAAACUCCUGCAAGGUAAUAGAGGUGCUUCUCACUUCUUCCUUCCCCAAGGCAAGGGGGCUUUUCUGAGCCAGCCUGGAGGAACAUGAGUAGUGGGCCCCUGGCCUGCAACCCCUUUGGAGAGUGGAGGUCCUGGGGGGCUCCCCGUCCUCCCCCUGUUGCCCUCCCCUCCCUGGGAUGCUGGGGCACACAUGGAGUCAUUCCUGUGAGAACCAGCCUGGCCUGUGUUAAACUCUUGUGCCUUGGAAAUCCAGAUCUUUAAAAUUUUAUGUAUUUAUUAACAUCGCCGUUGGACCCCAAAAA